UCGAAGGAAGGCUCUUGUAGAAAUCACCGUAGGGUUUAUCAACGACAAAGGUCACGAGGAAUUGCUCAUACGAAUUAAGCCAUGAGAAGAGCUUCUUCAUCCGCGCUCAUCCUAAUUCAUCGCCGGGCUAAGCUCUCAUCUCUCAUCUCCUCCUCCUCCGCCGCCGCCGCCCACGAAUUUCUCCCGCACAUCUCCCAAACCCCACCUUUUCUCUCACGCGAUGCCAAUACACCCCAUAGACCCCAGAUGUUUAACACCCUCGCCGAGCAAACCCCGCCCCAGAUUUCUUCAAGGCAGAGGAAGAUCAAGCAGAAAUCCGAUCUUGAAGAGGCAUUUGAGUCCGCAGAGUCCACAGAGGAAAUGUUGAAGGCUCUCAAGGAUAUGGAGUCCUGCUUCAAUGAAAGAGAGCUCGGCAUGGCUUGCCUGAAAAUGGGCCUUAAACUCGACCAAGAAGGUCAUGAUCCUGAAAAGGUGCUGUCUUUUGCCGCCAGGGCUUUGAAUUCCUUUGACAGAGAUGAAGAUGAUGCGUCUUUGCCUCUUGCCAUGACUCUGCAAGCGAUGGGUUCUGCGUCUUAUGGUCUGAAAAGGUUCAAUGACAGCCUAGGGUACCUUAAUAGGGCCAAGAGGGUAUUGCGUAAGUUAGAGGAAAGCGCGUCUUGUAAUGUUGAAAACUCUAGUCCUAUCCUCCAUGCCGUGGAGCUUGAACUGUACAACGUAAAGACAGCCAUGGGGAGGAGAGAGGAAGCUCUGACGAACCUCUUGAAGGCUUUGGAGCUAAAAGAGCUGGUUUUGGAUGAACGCAGUGGAGAACUUGGAAAAGCUUACAGGGAAGUUGCUGAGGCUUAUGUUUCUGUUUUGAAUUUCAGAGAGGCGUAUUCGUAUUGUAUGAGGGCAUUGAAUAUACACAAAGCACUAUUGGGGAAUAACUCUGUUCAGGUUGCACAUGACAGAAGACUCCUUGGGAUUAUACACUCUGGGUUACAGGACCACGAUGCCGCUUUAGAAGAGAAUGAACUGUCUCAAAAGGUCUUGAAGAAUUGGGGUCUUGGUCAAGCGUUGCUCCAAGCAGAGAUUGAUACUGCUAAUUUUCAGAUUGCACUGGGAAGGUACUAUGAUGCCAUCGAUACCCUUAAGAGUGUUCUUCAACGGACUGAUAAGGAGAGCAAGGACAGAGCAAUGGUCCUUCUUUCCAUGUCAAAAGCAUUGUCUAGCCAGGAGAAUUUCCAAGAAUCAAAGAAGUGUCUUGACUCUGCCUGUGAGAUUCUAAGGAAGAAAGAAAAGAGCUUUCCUGUUGAGGUUUCCGAAGCUUAUAUGGAAAUCUCAACGCAAUAUGAGCUGAUGAAUGAAUUUGAAACUGCCAUAUCUUUGCUGAACAAAGCACUGAGAAUGCUUGAAAAGAUUCCUCAAGAACAACAUUCAGUAGGGACUGUUUCUGCAAGGAUUGGGUGGUUACUUCUGUUAACGGGAAAAGUGGAGCAGGCCAUUCCUUCUUUGGAGGAUGCAGCCGAAAGGCUCAAAGAGAGCUUCGGUCCAAAGCAUUUUAGCAUCGGUUACGUUUACAAUAAUUUGGGUGCUGCUUACUUGGAAUUAGAUAGACCACAAUCGGCUGCACAAGUUUUUGCAUAUGCUAAGGAUGUAAUGGACGUGUCUCUUGGCCCUCACCAUGCUGAUUCAAUAGAGGCUGUUCAAAACCUUUCAAAAGCAUAUGCUGCUAUGGGAAGCUAUGAACUUGCAGUUGACUUCCAAAAGAAAGCUGUAGAAGCUUGGGAAGGGCAUGGUCAAAAUGCAGAAGAUGAACUUAAAGAAGCUCGCCAGAUUCUUGAGCAGCUAAUGACAAAAGCACGCGCUUCAUUGCUCAACCACUCCCCAGCAAAGGCAUUGCCUUCGGCAAACACAAGGGACCGUCGACCUGAUGUUUUCAAUCACAGAAACGAGACAAAGAAGGCCUAUCACUGUAAGGGCAUGCCUUCUCUUUAUAACGCAAUGAAUUCAUCUUAGAGAGAUAAGAUUUGGAUGCGUGAUAGAAUUAAAGGGAAAGAACGAUUGGUUUACAUUAUUUCUUUCACCUUUGCAUUAAUUUUCAACCAUGUUUCACUCUUUCAUGGACUAUGAAAAAAGCAAGUGGAAAGUUUAUGUUGGGAAAUAGGGAGUAUGGCUGAAUGACAGAAUGAGACAAUUUAUAGGAAAUGCAAAUGAGUGUUGUGUUCUUGUUCAUAUAAUUAAAGAUUGCUGAUAUGU